UGUUCACCUUAGUGCGAUAUUCACUGAGGAUAAAAGGAGCGAAAUUAGCCGUGUUAAAUUCACAAUUUCUCCACAAUAUUUCAUUGCCAUCUAAAAUGGCAAAGCAGAAGAUGAUUAUAGACUGUGAUACAGGGGUGGACGAUGCUCAGGCUAUCAUGAUGGCGGUGUCCAGACCAGAAAUUGACGUCAUAGCAAUCACAUGUGUCAAUGGAAACGUGGACAUUGAUAACGUCUGCAAAAAUACGCUGCGUGUUCUUAAAAUUUGUAAUUCUCUACAUAUACCAGUGUUCAGAGGAUGUAGAAGACCCAUUAUACACCACGAUGAAGACGCUUCCUUUUAUCACGGAAAAGAUGGUAUGGGUGACCAUCCGAAUCCACCGGAAGUCGAUAUAUCUUGCAUUCAAGAAGAACAUGCUGUAAAUGCGUUGACCAGACUCACGAAGUUGUAUGAGGGAGAAAUAAAAUUUGUUGCAUUGGCUCCAAUGACAAAUCUGGGAUUAGCACUGCGAAUGGAUCCUGAUUUUUCCAAACGUUUGAAGAGCCUGGUGAUUAUGGGAGGUAACAUGCAAGGGAAAGGAAACAGGUCCUCUUCUAUCGCGUCGGAGUUCAACUUUGGCACAGAUCCAGAAGCAGCGUACAUGGUCCUUCACGAGAUGAAAUGUCCGAUCACCAUUGUGCCAUGGGAGCUGUGCCUGAUAGAUGUGUAUCCUUGGGAAAGGGCUGAGGAAUGUCUCAGUUUAGAAACUAGAAAAUCGAACUUCCUUCAAGCAAUCACCAAAAGUACAGUUGCCCAUCAGAAAAGGAACCGAGAGCUUGGUUAUCGUUCCUGUGAUGUUUUUGCGACGGCAGUUGCAAUUGACAGUUCUAUUGUACUAAAAUCUGUGGACAUAUUUGCCACAGUGGAACUAAAUGGGAACUUGACACGCGGCAUGUUGGUUGCUGAUUGGCGUGACAAACUGAAAAAGUCUCCCAAUGUUACCAUUGUAGAAAAAACAGAUGUAGAGAAAUCUUUUUCUCUCUGGAGAUCCAUGUUACAAGAUUAGUUUAUUAUUUUUUUAAAGAUUAGUUAAUUGAAUAUUUCAAUGUUUAAAACCCAUGUAUUUGAAUAUACAAUGUACUUUUUGCAAAAAUGAAACAAGAAACGAUUGAGAUUGAUAUUAAAUGUUGAAAAGUUA